UAGCUCAGAAAUUUACAUGAAAUUUAAUUCAGCAGCAUAUCUAAAAUUCGCUUUCCUUAUUUUUACCCCUUUAUAAUUUUUUCUUUAAUUUUUAUUGAAAUUUUCUUCUCUUAUUAUUCUUUUUGUUUAAUGGUAAAUUAUCCAAGAAACACGGUAGCCAUCAUCAGACUAUUGCCUAACAAUUUCUUUUCCUCGCGUUGAAAAUUCAAACAGAUUGAAUAGAACAAGGUAUGAAUGCUUUCUCCAGGAAAAUUGCCAAUCGCCAAGAUUCCUGUCAAAAACAAUGAAGGCUUGUUCGAGGAAGAAAUUGUCACUUCUGGGAGUUCACUCGGAAACUACAAUAAAACGUCUCUCUCUCACUCCAAGAAUAUAUACAUAAAUAGUUAAAAACAGUGGCAAAAAAAAAAACAAAUAUAUUUAAUAAAAUAAAAAAAUGUUAACCAAUGAAGUGCAAUAUGUUUCCAAUGCUUGCUUGGAUACAUUUCCCUCAAUUUAAUCAUUUAUCCAAUUAUCCCAAGUCCACCGAUCAAUUUUGACCGAGUCCCACAAACGAUUCAGUCUAAAAAGCAAACGCAACAAAAGUUUUUUUUUUUUUAAAAAAGAAAACAAACACUAUAGAAAAAGGCUCAAAGUUUAUAUAAUUAUAUAUGUAAGCUUUUUUAUUAUUAUUAUUUUUAUCAUGUCAUGUGAGAAAAAUAUAUAGGCGAGAUCUUCUGAUCUUACCUGCCCUGAUUCAUCCUCUUAAAAAUGGACCAAGGAUCCCUGAUCAAAAAUAUGAGAGGAGACAUGAUCUGAGCAUUUUUUUACAAGAAGGGCCGUGACCAAAUUUAUUAAUUAGGAGGGGCUUAUCUGAAUAUCUGUCCCGAAACAACGACCAAGUUGCCGCCGUCAAUUUUAUUUAUCUAUCUAUCUUUUUUUUUUUUUAAUUAUCAUCUUCUCAAGCUUCUUAUUCCUCCAACUCAAGUUGAUGGUUCUUUUCUUCCUCUCUCUGAAACCACAAAGCCCAAAAGGAGGUCGCUUGAAGCUGCUUCCGAGAAUUUUGCGUCUGCUAUUUUUCUAUCGCAACCCACCGAAUGGCUGAGAAAGACACAAAAGUAGGCAACUGGGCCACUGCUGAAAGCGUCCCUCGCACACAGUUCUUCGACCAAGCCCGGGGGAAAGUUGGAGGGAUAACUCCAACUAACCGAAAUGGUCAAGCUUUUGUCGAAGACGGACAGCUUAGGCCUAAUACUGAUGCUGCCAAGACUGAAGACUCGAAGCCAAGAAGAGGCAGUGGAAAUUCUCGUCGAACUGAUAGACCUUCAGUGCGCAAUGAAGACGUUGUUCGUAAAUCCUCAACAAAUCCACGUCGUCAGAGAAAUGAAGAUCCAGAGAAAUAUAAUGACGACAAGCAAAGAUGGACAAGAUACAACGACAGCAACCGUGAGAGUAAACCUGCUGAAAGAGCUGCGAGAAAUCCUACAUCAGACUGGAGGUUGGCAUCGGAAGGUACUCCUGGAAGAAUUAGAUCAAAGGCCAAUACAACACCUUCUCAUGAUGAUGUAGCAGUGCCACCUUUUGCUGGGUGGGAUGAGAAUGAUCCGGCGUCCGGUGAGAAGUACACUGGCAUCUUCAAGUUGAUAGCUGAAAAUCGAAGAACUCCAGGAACCCCGUAUCAGCCACCGGAGCCAAACAUUCAACCGGAAACUACUACAGAAGCUCAGAGAUGCGGGUGCCUAAGCUGGUUCUCAAAGUGAAACUGGAUAUGAGAGUCUCUGAAGUUUAAGCCUAAAGCCCCUUUUAAACAGCUUCGUUCUCGAAGUUCUCUUCAUAGCUUUAUUAUGAUGAAUAUUUCUUGUGUGUUCCGUAUAUAUAUUUUGUACCCUGACCGAUUCUACACAUUCUUGUAGUUAUACUAUCAAGUAUUGAAAAGACUGGUUAUCAAAAUGC